UGUAGAGGAUUGUCUAUAAAUAGCAAGUGCUCCCUCUCCAUUUCACUAUCGUCGUCAACUUCACCAGUGCUUCGUUUGCGUAACAGCGAAUCACAGUUGAACUCGCAACAGAGACCUUCCAAGACUUCAUCAAUGGCGGUCAAGGUUUACAUUGUGUACUACUCCAUGUAUGGGCAUGUGGAAAAACUAGCAGAAGAAAUAAGGAAAGGGGCUGCUUCUAUAAAAGAUGUUGAGGCGAAACUAUGGCAGGUACCUGAGACACUGUCAGAUGAGGUGCUUGGUAAGAUGAUGGCACCACCCAAGACUGAUGUGCCGAUCAUUACCCCCAAUGAACUCCCUGAGGCUGAUGGCUUUGUUUUUGGCUUCCCGACAAGAUUUGGAAUGAUGGCUGCUCAGUUUAAAGCUUUUUUUGAUUCGACCGGAGGUUUAUGGAAAAAACAAGAGCUUGCAGGCAAGCCUGCUGGAAUCUUCUACAGCACUGGUUCUCAAGGAGGUGGACAAGAGACUACAGCGCUUACUGCUAUCACUCAGCUGGUUCAUCAUGGAAUGCUAUUUGCUCCAAUCGGUUACACAUUCAAUCGCAUGUUCGAGAUGGAGGAAGUGAAAGGUGGAAGUCCAUAUGGUGCUGGAACUUAUGCUGGUGAUGGCUCCAGACAGCCAACUGAGCUUGAGUUGAAGCAAGCAUUCCACCAAGGGAAGUACAUUGCCUUCAUCACAAAGAAGCUCAAGCAAGCUCCUGCAUGAUGUUGUGAUCAUCAUAUAGAACACACCAUUAAACGAUACCAAACUAUUGCUUAAAACCCAUUACCCAUUUUUAGCUUUCCACAAUAUUGAGCUAUAUUUUCCUGUCCUGCAAGUUUAUUUUUUAAUAUUUUAAAAAACAAAAAUGCAUUAUAUGCGUGUUAUAGGAUGCAGUGGUUGUUGCAAUUCGAUAAAUGAUGAAAGUUUGGUUUGUCUUAUCCUCUUGAGUUAGGCUGAGCAAACUCUUGUUCCCA